AUGACAACUAUUGAUUAUGAUUUUAUACUUGAUAAUGCUAAAACUUUACCACCACCAAUAACCAUUAAUAAAUCAAAAAAGAAACAACUGAAUUAUAAAUUACAAAUUAUUUCAAAUCCAAGAUUACAAUAUGAAUCGUUACUCAACCCAAAAGAAUUGAUUAAUAAAUUUCCAUAUAUAUAUUCAAAAUAUUAUUAUAAUAGAGAUCCAAAUUGUAUUGGAUUUAUAAAAUUACCAAAAUAUUGUUUAAUAUCAAAUAGAGAAAUGUUCUUAAGUUUAAAAUCAACUUUAAUUAAUUUAGAAAUGUCUAAAAUUAUUAAAAGAGGAAUUGAAAAUUUUUCAAUAAAUGAUUCAAUUGUAUGUUAUUUAAGUUCAAUAUUAGAUAUUCCGAUUUAUGAAAUUCUUAAUUUAUUACAUACAAAUUCUCCUCAUGAAAUAUUACAUAUAUAUCUCAAGCAUAUGGAAUUUGAAGCUGAACAUUUAAUUAUAAAUUCUGAAUUUUAUCAUUAUAAAAAUUUCCCACCUGUUAUUUUUAAAAGAAUGGUACAAAUGUGUAGAUUUGAUGAAGGAUUAUUAAUUAUUGCAUUAUGUUUAUAUUUAAAUUGGAAAAAUGCUGAUUCAUUAUAUAAAACUAUUAUAAAUCAUGAAGUUAAAAAUAUUCAUGAAAAUUUAAUAGAGUUUACAAAUAAUUUAAAUGGUGGUAGUUCAAAUUCAAUUGAAGUUUUAAAAGAUAAUGAAAAAAAUAAUUCAAUUAAACAAACUAAUAAUAAUUCAUUAAACAAUGUGUCUACUUCAAAAAAUACAGAAGGUUUAUUAUCCAAAAAGAAUAAGAAGAAAAAGAAAAAGAAGAAAAAUAGGGCAAGUAGUAGUGAUGAUAGUGAAGAAGAAGAAAAUAAAAAUAAAAGAUCAGGACUGCCUGAAGAAGAGAAUCAAAUCAAACCUGGAUUUAAGAAAUUGUUGUUUCCGUUGUUCAUACCAAUUGAGGAACCUGAGUCUUCUUCUGAUGAUGAUUAUGAGAAAGCACUAAUUAAUAACCAAACCAAGUCAAAUACUGAAUUAAGUGAAGAUGAACUAGAACUAGAAAAUGAUGAAAGGACAAUUUCAUCUGAAAAUAUUUUUGAUCAACUAAAUAAUGGAAUUAAUGAGAAUGAUGAGUCCUCAUUAUCUAUAGAAGAUACGACUAAUGAUAUUGAUAAUGAUAAUUUGAAAAGUCUAUCGGAACAAGAAUAUUCACAAUUUGUUUAUGAUGAAUUAGAUAAAGACCAAAACUUUUUAGAUCUAGUUGAAACAUUAACUGACCUAUUCCCAACAUUUCCCAAAACAGAAAUUAAAAUAAGAUUAAAACUAGCAGAUGAAGUUGAAGUGUUAAUUGAAGAAUUAUUUAAUGAAACUGAAUCAAAUGAAUUAAUUGAACAAGAACAAGCAGUCAUUGUUGAAUCUUCUUCAGCUUCUGUCAUUAAUGGUCCUACUUAUUCUAAUGAUGUUUAUACAUUACUUGAAAUGUUCCCACAAAUUGAUUUAAAAAUUAUUGAUUAUGUAUUAAAAGAAAAUAAAGGUGAUAUUAAUGAAACUUCAAUAUCUUUAUUAAAUAAUCCAAAUCCUUCCAUAUAUUCAAAAGUUACUAAAUCAAAUAAUUCAUCUAAUGAAAGAAAUGAAUGGUUUCAAUUAUCAACGAUGGUACAUCGUAUAAAAACUUUUUUAGAUAUAAAUAAGUCAACAGAGCUCAAUAACAAUGGAAGUAAUACACUGGGCAAAUUUUUUAUCGAUGAUGAAGAUAUUAUACAUUACGUUAGAAAAGCUCAAGGUAUAUAUUAUGAUGCAUUAACAGGUAUUAUAAUGAAUUGUAAACCUAAAAUAAGAAAAUUAAUAACAAUAAGAGGUAAACAAAAUGGUGGAAGUAGAGUUCAAAGAGGUGGAUCCUCUUCUAGAAAUAAUCAACGGAUAAAAGAAGAAAUUAAAAUAGUAAAUUCAAAUUAUAAAUAUAAUCCCAUGUCACCAGAAAGUACAGAAUUAUGGCAUUUAUAUACAAAUAAUCAACAAUUACAAAUAUUACAAAAAUCUUUCUUAAUGAAAGCUUUAGAAUUUUUUCAAGGAAAUUGUGAUAAAGUUAUUGAAUUAGCUUUUGAAUUAAAUGAUAAUAAACCAGCUACAUUAGCUUCAAAUUUUAAUAAAUUAAAUUUAGGUAAUUCUUCAAUAGUCCCACAAAUUAAAUUUGCUCCAAAACAACAAACUGAUUCUUAUUUAUUAUUAAAUCAAAAAUUUGAAAAAUAUCAAUCAAAACGUAAAACAAACACUACGAACAACAAUACCAAUAACAAUAACAAUAACAACUCUAAAUCAACAAUAUUAACAACAUCAAUGGAAAAUCAAAGAUGGAAUCAAUAUUUAAAUAAUUCACAAUUAGAUUUACAUGAUUUUAAAUUAAUUGAUGCAAUAAAAUUAACUAAAUUAGUAUUAAAUCAUUGGUGGAAUCAAGAAAUACAAUUAAGAAUUCAAGAUGGGAAAUUAAAUAAAUUUGGUAAUUUGGUUCAAUUUGUUGAUGAAAUAUGUUUAAUUACAGGUAGAGGCAUUCAUUCAAUUAAUGGUAUAUCAAUUAUACGUAAAUAUGUUAAAGAUUAUUUAAUUAAAAAUAAAUAUAUAUAUGAUGAAGGUGUUGGUAGAUUUAUUGUUAAAGGUAAAAGAGUUAUAGUAUAG